AUGGCCUCCUCUAUCGUUCGCCCCUCUGUUUCCGCUCUCCGGCAGAGCUACCGCGUUGCCGGCUUCCAGCACAGAUCGCCCAUCGCCGCACUGAGCGCCAGCCAGCUACAGAGGACCUGGUUCCAUGCCUCGAGCAAGAAGGAUAUUCUGCCACCAUUGCCUCAGGUUGUCCACGGAACCACUAAUGAUGCUGCUCCAAUUCCUCCUACCUCUCCCACCCACGGAAGCUACCAUUGGACCUUUGAGAGAGUGGUUGCGGCCUCUUUAAUUCCUCUCACAAUUGCUCCAUUCGCCUCUGGAUCCGUCAGCCCUGUCCUUGACGCUGUGCUCUGCGGUACCCUCGUCAUUCACUCCCACAUCGGUUUCCAGGCCAUGAUUGCCGAUUAUUUCCGUCCAUGGCGUGUGCCCAAGACCUCUGCCUUCUUGAACUGGCUCCUCCGCGGUUUCACUCUUGCUACUGCAGUUGGCCUGUACGAAUUUGAGACUAACGAUGUUGGUGUAACAGAAGCUCUCAAGAGGAUCUGGAAGGCGUAA